AUGGUUGGUGGGCACAAAAAAUUUUCCGUGAAUCGCCUCAUCGAGCAUAAUCUUCAUGAAUACAAAAUACAUGAAUUGAGAGAUUCACAUCAAAAAAAAUAUUUAAAGGAAGAUAAAAAAGAUUCAAUGAUGAAUACACGCUGCAGCAAAAGUGCAACGCUUGCAAUUUGCUUUCUUUCUUCUCAUCAUUUUGCCGGUGCCAAAGCAUAG